AUCAUCACAUCUGCAUAUUCAGAACCAUUCUUCCCCACCUCUUCUUCGAAAAAAAAUAUGGAGUUAGGAAAAUCAAUUGAGAACCAAAACAACGUCGUGGUAAAACUAGCAAAGAAAGUCAUUGAUACCAUGGCCAAUGGCUCCAAUGUUGUCUUUUCACCGAUGUCAAUCAACGUUUUGCUUAGCCUCAUCGCCGCUGGUUCCAAUUCUGUCACCAAAGAAGAAAUCCUCUCAUUCCUCAUGUCACCGUCUACGGAUCACCUUAACGCGGUCUUGGCCAAGAUGACAGACGGCGGCACCGAGAGAAGUGAUUUGUGCUUAUCUACGGCUAACGGUGUAUGGAUUGACAAGUCUGUUUCUUUGCAAUCUUCCUUUAAAGAGCUUUUGGAGAAAUCCUACAAGGCUACUUAUAGUCAAGUUGACUUUGCAGCCAAGCCUGUUGAAGUGAUUGAUGAGGUGAAUACAUGGGCUGAUAUCCACACCAACGGACUCAUCAAGGAGAUUCUUUCACGCAAAUCUAUGGAUACUAUCGCGGUAAUCCGUUGUAGCACACUUAUUCUAGCCAAUGCAAUAUACUUCAAAGCAGCAUGGAGCAGAAAAUUUGAUGCAAAUUUGACAAAAGAUAACGAUUUUCAUCUCCUUGAUGGUAAGACGGUGAAAGUCCCCUUCAUGACUGAUUACAAGAAGCAAUAUCUAAGCGACUAUGAUGGUUUCCAAGUUUUGCGCCUUCCUUAUGUAGAGGAUCAACGUCAAUUCUCAAUGUACAUUUAUCUUCCUAGUGACAAAGACGGAUUAGUAGCUCUGCUUGAGAAAAUAAGCUCUGAACCAGGAUUUCUCGAUAGCCAUAUUCCACAACACCGGACAUCAGUAGAUGCUUUCAGAAUUCCGAAGUUUAAAUUCUCUUUUGACUUUAAAGCUUCAGAUGUUUUGAUAGAUAUGGGGCUUACUUCUCCCUUUUCUUCUGGAGGUAAUUCAACUGAGAUGGUUGAUUCGCCAUCAAACGAUGACAAGCUGUCCGUCUCAUCAAUUAUUCAUAAAGCUUGCAUUGAGGUGGAUGAAGAGGGAACCGAAGCUGCAGCCGUCUCUGUUGCCAUCAUGGUGCCCCUAUGUUUGAUGCGGAACCCGGAUUUCGUAGCUGACCAUCCAUUUUUGUUCACGGUGAGGGAAGAUAAGAGUGGAGUGAUUUUGUUCAUGGGUCAAGUUCUUGAUCCUUCUAAACAUUGAUUGAACUCUGUCGUGUGAUGAGCUGACAACGUCUCUUUCUCAUUUUGCGUUUUGCCUAAUAAUAACUGAGCGUUGUU